AUUCUGAGCCACAAACCCAAUUUGUUUCGUGGCGCAAAAAUGCCCCCAAUAGGCAGCAGCAGUAGUUCCUUUCCUUACUUCUCUUCUUCGACUCCACAACAUUAACCACCAAAUUUUCAGAACAAAAUCAAUUUCCACUUUCCUUGUUCACUUUUUAGUUACAGUUACGGAACACACAGGUACGUACACAAAAAUGGCGAAACUCACACUCAGAGCUGAGAGCUCGUGCUUAUUUUCACCCACCACAAGCUCACAGUCGCAGCCCUCAUCCUUCGUCUCCUCAUUCCGACGACGUCGUUUGCUUUGCUUCCCUCCAAAGAAUAAAUUGGAAUUCAGAGUUUUCUGCAGCAUUAAAGAGAAAGAAAGCAUCAAAGAAACUAAGAGACUGAAUGGAGUCCCCGUCGAUAAGGUCCAACGGGCGGGUUCGGGUUCUGAGGGUGAUUCGGGUCUGGAAAGCGGGUCUGGGGAAGUGGGUUUUGAUUGGAAUUGGCCUCCGUGGAAGAACAUACCUCGCAGAUACAAACUCAUCGGCACCACUUCGCUUGCCUUCGUUAUCUGUAACAUGGAUAAGGUGAACUUGAGUAUUGCUAUAAUUCCAAUGUCGCAUCAGUUGGGUUGGAGUUCGUCCGAGGCUGGAUUGGUUCAAUCUUCGUUCUUUUGGGGCUACGCGUUGAGUCAGUUGCCUGGGGGUUGGCUUGCCAAGAUAUUUGGUGGGAGAAAAGUUCUUGAGAUUGGAGUAUUAACUUGGUCAUUGGCUACAGCACUUGUCCCUCUUGUUGCUGGAUUUACACCUGGUUUAGUUGUUUCUAGAAUUUUGGUAGGAAUUGGAGAAGGCGUUUCCCCAUCCGCUGCAACUGACCUUAUUGCCAGGUCAAUACCUUUGGAAGAACGCUCACGGGCUGUAGCAUUUGUCUUUGGUGGUUUGAGUGUAGGAAGUGUUGCAGGGCUUCUUCUGGCUCCGCCCCUUAUCCAAAAUCUUGGCUGGGAAUCUGUAUUUUACAUAUUUUCCCUUUUGGGGAUUGGUUGGUAUGUGGGGUUUCAGUUUCUUGAAGGACAAGCCUCAUGGGUGGGUGAAUCAAUUCCACGGUCCCAGUCAACAGAUAUGAAGAAAACAUGGAGUACUAAUGAAUUGGGUGACUCAUUGAAGGAUGUACCAUGGAAGGAAUUUUUCCGAAAUCAAGCUGUAUGGGCAAUGAUAUAUGCUCAUUUUUGUGGAAGUUGGGGUCAUUAUACAUGCCUAGCAUGGCUUCCCACCUAUUUUAGUGAAGAGCUGAACCUGAAUUUGACAGAAGCUGCGUGGGUCUCUAUCCUUCCUCCAUUGGCUUCAAUCUUUGUGACAAGCAUUGCCUCGCAAUUUGCUGAUAACUUGAUUUCUAGUGGAGUUCAAACCACUACGGUUCGAAAAAUUUGCCAAACAAUUGCCUUUUUAUCUCCUGCAGCUUGCAUGACUCUUUCCUCUCUUGAUCUAGGAUUGCCUCAUUGGGAAGUUGUGGGGAUUCUAACUGGUGGUUUAGCCCUCUCAAGUUUUGCCUUGUCAGGAUUGUAUUGUACCCAUCAAGACAUGUCACCCGAAUAUGCAAGUAUACUUCUGGGUAUUACCAACACUGUUGGGGCCGUACCUGGAAUAAUAGGUGUUGCCCUCACUGGCUAUCUUCUUGAUUCAACUCAUUCAUGGAGUAUUUCAUUGUUCAUUCCAUCGAUAUUUUUCUACCUGACUGGUACAGUUAUUUGGUUGGUGUUUGCCAGCAGUAAGCCUCAAACCUUUUCAAAGACAGACUGACCUUUUUGUAGUUUGGUCUUCUUCUUUUUUCUUUUCUUCUCUCUUGAAUGAAGCUUCCAAAUUGAGGGAAUCUUCAUUCAAUGUAUCACUAGUUUCAUCUGUGGGAGGAAAUUAACUUAGCAUUCACCAUUUGGUUCAUUCUGUACGUCUAGAAGGAAAGCUAUACAUGUAUGUAAUCUUCCUUGUAAUACAAUCUUUUUUUUUCUUUUUUUUUUUGUAAUCAGAUAUUGUACAGCCGUUUAAGGUGUCACAACUUCACAUUGUAUAAUAUGUUUCGAAAGGUCAAAAGUUUGUCA